AUGUUCGACUGUUCGCUGUCCCAGUCCCGCUUGUAUUUUCAGCUCCUCCAACUGCUUCUCAUCAUUCCUAUGUGGAUCAAAGAGACAAGACGCGAUGUCGAGAAACUUCGCGCGUCGUAUGGAGGAUUCUGGGGCGUCGAGUCCAACGUCCUGAGAGAUUACCCCGAAAUCGACGAGGCGGAAUCCGCCAAGACGGUGGGUGAAAAUUGGAAGACCUUGAUGGAUGACUUCGGUUCGCUUGAGGAUCGGCUUUUAAAGCGCAUCGAGGCUAAGACUAACGAGGUUCGGGGUCUACGCGAUGGGGUGUGUGACGUGCGGCUGCUCAAUGUCAACACACUAUUGGAGGCGUCCAAAACGACGUCAAUGAACCGAUACAUCAUAAUAUUCACCGUUCUCACCAUUUUCUACCUGCCGCUGGGGUUCGUCACGGCCGUUUUCAGUAUUGACAUCCUUACCAAUCAGGACUUGUCCAGCUUGAAAGGCCAAUAUGCUGCGUCCACAGUCGUGGUCUCCAUCCUCACGUAUCUCGUGGCGGGCGGGCUCAUGAUGUUUGUCGACCGCCGCGAGAUCAAAGCUUACAUC